UGUCUUCUCUUGGUUCAUCUUUUCGCCGUCAACGCGUCCAAGCUGACCAGCUCUCGAGGCUUUGCUCACGCCUCUGGGCAGCCAGUUUCGAGAUUUGGUCCCAUCCUGGCCAGCGCUCUCGCCCCAUCAUCAUUCACCUUCAACGUCAGCACAACCCUUCAGCAUGGCCGAAUCCCGCGUGGACAUUGACGCAGCCGACCCUCUGCCUUUGAACCGUACCAGCUCCUUCGGCCAAAAAGAACCCCGUCCCUCUUUUCGUGCCGUCUUCACGCACGGACGGCCUCCGUGGUAUCGCUUGGAUGGCCAUCAAGAAAAGGCCCUUGUCAUUGGCGUGUGUGGUGGCAGCGCCAGCGGUAAAACCACGUUGGCCAACCGCAUCAUCGAGUGCCUCAACAUCCGCUGGGUCUGCCUUCUCUCCAUGGAUAGCUUUUACAAGGCAAGUGUUUUGAACGAGGAGGAACACGCCCGCGCAGCCAAAAGCAACUACGAUUUCGAUUGCCCCGAGGCUUUUGAUAUCGAUCUACUUGUGGAAACUCUCAAGGAGCUCAAGGCCGGCCGUUCCGUUGAAGUGCCGACCUACAACUUUGUCACUCACUCGCGUGAGCCCGGCUAUACCAUGUAUGGCGCCAACGUGAUCGUUUUUGAGGGUAUCAUGGCCUACUGCGAUCAACGUGUGCGCGACCUCUUGGACGUCAAAAUCUUUGUUACAGAAGACGCCGACGUUCGCCUAGCUCGCCGCCUGCUGCGUGACACCAACGAGCGUGGGCGCGAGGUGAAGGGCUCCAUUACGCAGUACAAUCGCUUUGUGUAUCCAGCUUUCAAAAAUCACAUUGAGCCGACCAUGCAGUUUGCUGACCUCGUCAUCCCUCGCGGUGUCUCCAACCCUGUUGCAUUGGACCUUAUUAUUACCAAGGUCAAGGAGGGACUCGCCAGUCGCGGCCAUGAUCUCAGAGGCAUGGCAGCUCGUGAUGGUGAUAUGGAAGACCCUUCUUCUCUCCAUUACGUGCCCGCUUCCGACCAACUUCACGGUCUUAUGACCACCAUUCGUGAUCGCGACUCUUCACGCGAUGACUUUGUUUUCUCGACUAAUCGGGUGCUGCGCCUGACGGUCGAGCAUGCGUUGUCACUCUGCCCUUUUGAGGAUGUGGUUGUCGAGACGGCUGUCGGCACCUACCUCGGUCGCCGAAGGACCCAUCAGAUCACGGGCGUGUCCAUCGUGCGUGCCGGCAUGAGCUUUGAAGAACCCCUGCGCCAAUGUGUGCGCGACGUUAACAUUGGUCAAAUUCUGAUCCAGACAAACCUCACCACAGGCCAGCCCGAAUUUUUCCACAAAGUGCUGCCCAAUGGCAUCUCCAAUCACAAGGUCAUGCUCAUGGAUGCCACGCUGGCCACUGGUGCUUCUGCCAUGAUGGCUAUUCGUGUGCUCAUGGAUCAUCACGUGCCGGAGGAGAACAUUAUCCUGGUGGUCUUGAUGGCCGCCUCCAUGGGUGUGGCCCAAGUGGCGUAUGCCUUUCCAAAGGUGCAAAUUGUUGUGGCUGCCAUGGAUCGUGUUGUCGACAACCAGUUUCGCAUUCAUCCCGGGCUCGGGAAUUUCGGCGACCGUUUCUACGGCACCGAGCAUCUUGGAGACCGCACUACCACCUCGCCAACCUAAGAAAAUGUCCUUUUGCAGAUGUGCCUGUGCGUGGUGCCCCCUCUCCUUUGGCGUGCCACUCGCCAGGGCGUUGCCGCGCCAUCCCAUCCCAGCCAUCAACCACUAGAGGGCUAAUGGCUUUGGACUGGUUUGAGUGUCCACCUUGAGAGGGGUAGAGUAAUUUUUUUUCCCCCCAUUUUUCAUUUUGUGUAUUCAUGUGGUUCUUGUGCGCUCUCCUGCGAACUGCCGGGAUUGCAAUUUGAGAGUGGAUUGGGAGGGUGACUGGGAAGCGCAGGUCAGCGGGCAUGUUGUGGUGUCGUUUGACUGCAAACGCCCGUGCGAGUAUGUUUCCUGCCGCCCCAAGCAUCGUCCUUUGCCGAAUCUUUGACCAAUUUUAUCUUCAAUGUGGG